CCGCAACUUUGCGGCACCUCAUCGAUGUAACAAAUAGGAGUUUGGGGUGUCUAAGUUUUCUGCAAAGCACAUAAGCUUAGGCAUGUCGAAGCUAUUUUCAUGGCGUCGCGCAAUCCAUCCUUCUCCUUCCUUAUUCUCUCACAUUCCCGCCAUAUCUCGGUUCCUCAGCCACUCUCCGCCAUCUGCAGUGGCUGAAUUCGAAGAAAUUUACGACCCUCCUUUUUCCCCCACACGUCCCCCAAAGAGAAAAAAAUCCAAAUCCAUUAAAAAGAAAGAGAAGCAACGAAAAGAUAAUAGUAACAACAAUAAUAGCGUUGAGAAAGUUCCUGAGUUGCCCUUUGAUUUCAUGUACUCUUACUCGGAGAUGAGCCCGGGCGUUGAGCCCAUUGGUUUCAGAGAGCCCCCAAAGUUCUCUCCUUUCGGGCCGGGCCGGCUCGACCGGAAGUGGACCGGGACUACCGCCCCGGCCAAGCUGAAGCCCGAUUGGGAGAAGUUGGCGGAGGAGCGCCAGAAGGUUCUAGGAGAUCCCAUUCCCGAGGACGAGAUCGCUGAGCUCGUUGAGAAGUAUCGCCACAGCAUUUGCUCUCGCCAAAUCAAUUUGGGAAGAGGAGGUGUUACGCAUAACACACUUGAAGAUAUACACAGCCAUUGGAAAAGGGCUGAGGCUGUGAGAAUAAAGUGCUUGGGGGUGCCAACUCUUGACAUGGACAACAUUUGCUUCCAUCUCGAGGACAAGACUGGGGGAAAGAUUAUAUACCGUUACAUAAAUAUCCUCCUCCUAUAUCGUGGGCGUAACUAUGACCCCAAGCAACGACCGCAGAUUCCACUGAUGUUGUGGAAGCCUUACGCACCGAUAUAUCCCAAGCUAGUGAAGAAUGUGGCUGAUGGUCUAACAUUUGAAGAAACUAAGGAGAAGCGAAACAGAGGACUUAGUUCUCCCCCCCUAAUGAAACUCACUAGAAAUGGCGUGUACGUAAACGUGGUGGAGAGAGUGAGGACAGCAUUUGAGAGUGACGAUGUCGUGAGAUUAGACUGCACUCACGCGGGCUCAAGCGAUUGCAAGAAAAUUGGUGUCAAACUAAGAGAUCUGGUUCCGUGUGUUCCUAUCUUGUUCAAAGAUGAGCAGAUUAUACUCUGGAAGGGAAAGAAAGAAGGUGAAUGAGAUGUUUACUGCUUUGCUUAUGUUUGGAGUUUGGAUCUUUUGAGUCAAGAAUUGGAUUAACUAUGAGAAUAGAUAUCGUGGUUCAUGUAUUCCCUCCGUCCCUGAAAAGUGUCAUUUUUUUUAUUUUUUUUUCGUUCGUCUCUUAAAAAUAUAUCAAGUCUAUUUUACGUC